AACGAAGUAAAACCACCAGUUCAUCUUCUACCACCCUGUUGCAGAGGGACUUGUUCACCAUGAGUUUUGUGGAGUAUUCAGACUUCAUUCAGGAUGGGGACGUCGCCAUCGUCUACCUGAGCCACGACUCCAUGAUGCCUGUCAAGGUGCAGCAGGGUGCCCAAACGCAAACCCGCUACGGAGUCAUUCGCCAUUCGACAGAUCUGAUUGGUCAGCGUUAUGGGUCAAAGGUCACCUGCAGCAAAGGCGGGUGGGUCCAAGUGCUUCACCCCACACCGGAGCUGUGGACAGUCUCCCUGCCACACCGCACACAAAUCCUCUACACUACAGACAUCGCCACCAUUACCAUGAUGCUGGAGCUGAAGCCGGGAUCCGUUGUCUGCGAAUCAGGUACAGGCAGCGGCUCUCUCUCCCACGCCAUCCUGCGUACCAUCGCCCCCACGGGUCACCUGCACACAGUGGAGUUUCACCAGCAGCGGGCGGAGAAGGUGGCCAUGGAGUUCAAGGAGCACCGCGUGGAUCACCUGGUCACUGUCAGGAACCAGGACGUGUGCAAAGACGGGUUCGGGGUGACCGGGGUGGCAGAUGCAGUCUUCCUGGACAUCCCCAGGCCCUGGGACGCGGUGAAGCAUGCCAAGGCCGCCAUGAAGAAACAAGGAGGUCGGGUGUGUUCGUUCUCUCCCUGUAUCGAGCAGGUUCAGAGGACGUGCGAGUUUCUGGCGGAUCAGGGCUUCGAGGAAAUCAACACCUUGGAGAUUCUGCUGAGAGUCCACGACAUUCGCACCGUGUCCCUGGCGCUGCCCGACUUCGGCCCCGACCCCUCCGCUCAGACUCCGCCUGACGCCAAUGAGGAGGCGCCUCCUCCCACCUCUGCACCAAACCACACCUCCGUCACCCUGAAGACCACCACACCUCCCAGAGAAAUACCAGGUCACACAGGUUACCUCACCUUCGCCACCAAACCGAGAACCUAAAGCUCAGAACGCAGAGUGAUUUCUCUCUAAUGUAGUGUAUAAUCCGCACUCCGUGCCUCGCUCUAGUGUAUUUUGCUGCGAUAAUCCAGCGGGCGGUACCAGGUUCCUCCAGGUCCCGGUUGGCACUGCGGUGCCAAGAGGAUUUACAGUUUUGUGUUAUAUAAUUUUGUGCUCCUGUCACUUGGCGCUGGUUUGUUGCUUGCAUCAAGCAAGAGUGAAACUCAAGUCGACAACGUUUUCAUUUGAGAAGAAAAUACCUGCCUCCCCUUUUAUAAGAAAUUCCUUUUAAUCACUGCUUUCACUUGAGGGGGAAGAAGACGUUUUAAUUUUUUUUUUCUUUUCUGCACUUUUGUAUCAAGUUAAUACAAUAAAUGUGUGAAAAUAUAAAUAAAGUUUUCUCAUUCGGUUUUACAACAACACGUAGCAGGAAGAGAAAAAUCUGUAAAUGAAAGACCAAAGGUUUAAUCCCUUCUACAGCUGAUGUGACCUGUUAAAGUGCCAUUAAUCACCUACCAGAUCAAUCAAUCAAUCAAUCAGUAUAUUUAGAAUACGUUUUAAUGUAUGCUGAGUUGUCAUGGAGACAGGUUUGUUGACAUGCAGCCCUAGUAGCUGUUAUGAUUUUAGCAUCUGUAGUUUUAGGACUUUACAUCCAUUUCUCCUGAAAAAUGAGGCGGCGAUGACGAGACUCCGAUAAAUAAUCGACUUCCUGUCACCGUGCAACUUGUUUUUUUUACACUUAGGUUUUUGUUCGGCUUAAACAAACAAGGUAUAACGGGUUAGUUUGUGGUGCUGGUAGGUUGAUUUUGCUAGCUG